AUGCUUUACGCAGGCAGGUUUGUCACUCGUAACCUGGUUAGACCAUUCACUACAGCCCCAUUCGUAGAACGCACAAAGGCUCUCUUAGCUGAGGCAGCACUGCAAGCCAAAAAGACCGAAGAAGUAUCCAAAGCUUGGCUAUUGAAAGAAAAUGAUGAAAAAUUGCCGAAAGCUGGAGUUUACAAGCAUCCUUACUGCACUGAGGAGUUCCCAAUUUCGAUUCACGGCGACUACUUAUAUAGAAUUAUCCUAAAGACUGUAGGCCCUGAGCCAGUUUCUCCUCACUUCGAUAGCAUUGAGGAGUUUGGAAAAUGGUUCAACUAUUUCUUCCUCUUUCUCGGUUUUUGCAUUGUAAUGAGAUCUCACCAAAACCAUGCAUUUGGCUUCGUUGUCUUUAACAUGAUGUUCGGUUUAGAAAUAUGGCUUUAUACACUAGCUAUUUAUUUCAUGAGAGGAACUGCAAUGAUUGUUCCAAACCCAUGGAAACAUAUAUGGAUGGAAUAUAACAUGAACCAAAUGAUCUCUGCUACCUGGGAAAACGAAGAAAACGGAGCUUUCGAGAAGAAGAAAGAAUCUGUGAGCCAAGCUGAUUAUAUGAGAAUCCACAACGAAUAUAUCGGCACCAAGACAUUUUUGUUAGAAAAACACUUACAAACUAGCAGACUUCUGCUUAAGAAGCAUACUUAUGAAAGAACUAUUGCAGCCUUGAGGGCAGCAGAUAGAUUUGAAAAGGAUAAUGCUGAAAAACUCCUUCGAGACAUGUUAGACUCAGCUGUGGUGAAAAUGGAAAAAGAUUUAGAAGCUGACAAAGGUGAAAUUAAGAAACAGGCUUUCCAAGCAGCAUUACAAGGAAUCAGACAAGGAAAAAUGAGCUAUGAAGGUGAUCCUCUAUUGCCAAGAGUUUUGAAAUACGUUGAUGAAUUCAAGGCCAAGGCUGAAAAGUUCUCCCCUGAGGUUGUAGCUGAACUUGUAGGAUUAAAGGCAGACCAAAAAGAAGUGCUGAAAAGCAACGAUAAGAAAGCAGAAGAGUACUUUUUGAAAACUCUGCCACCUAUUAAACAUCCAAAAGUGCUAGAAAGUAGCAAAUUCAAGUCUUUGAGUGCUUAG